GGGCGGCCCCCGCGGCCCAGUUCCUGCUGGCGGGAUGGCGCGGCGGGCGGGUGCGCUGUGGCCGUCUUUCGGCCGGCUGCUGUGCCUGUCCCUGUGCCUGCGCCUGCCCCUACCCCUGUGCCUGGCGCGCCCUCCCGCCCCGCACCUCGUGCUGGUGCUGGCCGACGACCUGGGCUGGGGCGACGUGGGCUGGCACGGCUCUGCCAUCCGCACGCCGCGGCUGGACGCGCUGGGCGCGGGCGGCGUGCGGCUGGAGCGCUACUACACCCAGCCGCUCUGCACGCCGUCCCGCAGCCAGCUCCUCUCGGGCCGCUACCAGAUCCACACAGGCUUACAACACCAGAUAAUUUGGCCAUGCCAGCCCAGCUGUCUGCCACUGGAUGAGAAACUCCUCCCAGAGCUACUUCAAGAGGCGGGAUAUGUUACUCACAUGGUGGGGAAGUGGCAUUUAGGGAUGUACAGAAAAGAAUGCCUUCCAACCCGCAGAGGAUUUGACACUUACUUUGGCUAUCUCCUGGGCAGUGAGGAUUAUUAUACUCAUGACCGCUGCGUCCUCAUCAAAGCAAGGAAUGUGACGCGCUGUGCUCUGGACUUCCGAGAUGGAGAAGAAGUUGCAACUGGAUUUAAAAAUGUGUACUCCACAAAUUUGUUCACAGAAAGAGCUAUAGAUCUUAUAGCCAGUCACAAAACUGAGAAGCCCCUCUUUCUCUAUCUCGCCUUUCAGUCUGUGCAUGAACCUCUCGAGGUCCCUGAAGAAUACAUGAAACCAUAUUCUUCCAUAAAAGAUGUAAAGAGGCGCCAGUAUGCAGGGAUGGUGACUCUUAUGGAUGAAGCGGUAGGAAAUCUUACUGAUGCUCUGAAAGCAUACGGUCUUUGGGACAACACAGUUUUUGUUUUCUCUACUGAUAAUGGAGGACAAACUUUAGCAGGUGGAAAUAACUGGCCACUGAGAGGGAGAAAAUGGACUCUCUGGGAAGGAGGAGUGAGAGGUGUAGGCUUUGUUGCAAGUCCUUUGCUGAAACAAAAAGGUGUGGAAAGUCAUGAACUCAUCCAUAUCUCUGACUGGCUGCCAACCCUGGUGCACCUUGCUGGAGGACAUACCAAUGGCACUAAGCCUUUGGAUGGCUUUGAUGUUUGGAAAGCUAUCAGCGAAGGAAGACCUUCUCCCAGAGUGGAACUGCUGCAUAACAUAGACCCCAUGUUUGUGGAUGACUUCCCAUGUCUUGGCAUUGACAAGAGGACAUCUUUACCACAGAGCAAUUCUUCUCCAUGGGAUGAUACACUUUUCAAUAUAUCCAUGCAUGCAGCAAUACGACAUGGCAAAUGGAAGUUACUAACUGGAUAUCCAGGCUGCAGUCAUUGGUUCCCUCCACCGUCUUUGUUCAGUGAGUCACAGAUUCAAUCGUCUGAUCCAUCAACAAAGAGACUUUGGCUGUUUGAUAUUAUUCAUGAUCCUGAAGAGAAAAAUGAUGUGUCUGAAAAGUAUCCUCAUGUGGUGGAAAAACUACUUGCUCGGCUUCAGUAUUAUUACAAACGUUCAGUGCCCGUGUUCUACCCUGAUGAGGAUCCUGACUGUGAUCCAGCAGCAACUGGGGCUUGGGGUCCGUGGGCAUAGUGCACACAGCUUUGCAUCCUGCAAAAAAACCUCUGUAGCAGAGUCUGGUUUAUGGACUCAGAGUCCUAGUCAGGUAUUUUGUACUUUCUUUAUAUUGAACUAUUGCUAAUUGUGAGCUUAUUCUUUGAAUAAUUCAGUAUUUCUUAUUCUUGAUAUAGUGGGAAUCUUAUUUCAGUCUUUUCCCACUCUUCUGUUCUGAAAAAUUAUAUGUGAAAUUUUAGUAAAAGUAUAUAUAUAUUUUAAUAUUCUUUGUCUGGAAUAUACUUUUAGUUCAGAAGAUAAACAUUGGCUCUUUCCUUGAAGGAAAUUGAAAGGAACUGAAUUCCUUGAAAGGAAUCAUGGCAGCAGGGACAUCCAAAAUUAAUCAGUCUUGUUGAAUAUACUGUGUUCUGGUUUCAUGUUUGUCCAGAAGACAAAUUCUAUUGGAAGCUAUUACAUAUCUGUAUUGGCAUAAUAAUUUUUGCCUUUAACGUGUACUUCCCUCCAGAAAAGGGAUGAGUAAAAAAAGAAAACCUCAUAAAAACAACAAAAUCUCAAUUUCUUUUUCACUCUUAAUGUAUCAAACUGGAGUAGAGAGCGAUGGUCAACUGGAGUGCAGGGCUGUCAGGUAGAGGGAUCUUGACAGGCCGAAGAUAUGGGUGAAUAAAGAUUUCAUGAAGUUCAACAAUUGCAGAGUCUUCCACUUGGGGUGGAGUAGCUGCAUUCAAGAGUACGUGCUGGCCCAUGACCAGAGGGAAAGCAUUUUUGUGGGGAAAAAAAUCUAGGCAUUCUUCUGGACAAUAGUUAGGACAAGAGUUGCCAUUUUCUCUCUACGUGAAGAAGACCGACCACAUGUUGUUCCAUAUAAGCAAGAAUGUAGCCAGCUCUUAGGGGAAGUCUUAAUUCCCCUCUAUCAGCACUAGAGCAUUUUAAACUUCCCUAUACAGGAAAAAUAUUCACCAGUUGGAGUUAGUUCAGUGGAGAACUAUGAAUAUGAUCACGGGGAGAAUAAAGGAACUGGUUAGUUUAUGGCGGUGAGGAAAAGAGGAGUUGCUAUCUUCAGCUACCUAAUGUGAGAGUAUAGAGAAGAGGAAGCCAGAAUCUUCUCGGAGAUGUACAAAGAUGAAAAGCACACAGGGGACAUGUGGAGUUCCAAUGCAAUAUAAAGAAAGGGAAAAAAAAUCACACCAUGAGUUUAGUUAAAUAUGGGAAAUGUCAGACUCUGGCAACCCUAAUCUUGGAGAUGUUCAGUCUUUGGCUGGACAAGAUUCUGAACAAUUCUAUUUUUGAAGUGGGAUCAGAUUUGAAGUUUGCUUGGUUUGGUAGAGGUGGUGGGACCAGUGAACUCCAAAGGCCCCUUUCUGCAGGAAUUACUCAACAAUUCUGUGAUGAACAAAACCUUACUUUUAUUACCUGCCUGGUAAGCACCCUUUCUUCUCCUAUUUUGUUUCUUUAUUACCAUAGUGGAGUCUGUUUUCAUCCUGAAGUAGGCUCUGAGCCAUGAUGAAACCAAGCCAAACAACAUUUCUCAGUUACUCAUCAAAUUGAUGCAAGAUAACCUGCCAGCUCUCUAUUAGUGUCUCAAGCCCUGAGUUCUGGUACUGCUUCACAGUGUCCUUGGCUACGUUCUCAGGAUGCAGAACUCAAUCUGUCAUCAUCUCCAGAAAGAAGGCAUCUAAUUGCCUUUUCCCUGGCUCUGGGACCAACUCAAUUGAAUUGCACUAAAAUUUUGUACAACUUCCCAGUUUUCUCUUGGGAGUCUUGUGCUAAUUGUUAGCAAACAGAUAAAUGAAAAGAAAGGCUUGACAAAAUUUGUGCAUUUUUUUUAAAAAAUAGAUGAAGCCUGAAAAAAAAGAUGAAGCAAGAAAACUGAAAAUGCUUAUGCUUUCUGAUACAGCUGAGUCUCCACUACAUUGUCUUAAAUCUACUCUUAAAUGCUUGUCUUUUCUACCUUUGGUGCUUUUUCUACAAGUAGAAGUGAAGCUAAAGGUCUCCAGAAGCCUGUUCAGCUUUUUAUCUUGCUCUCAAAGAGCUUCAUGUUUCUCUCACUCCUUUGUCGCUUCUGCUCCUUUAUGUCAGUAUUUUUUUCUAUUCUGUUUCAUUCACUAUCUUCAGCCUUGGAGCCAAGGAAAGAAGAAAAGUGGUUUCAGAGAAAGUAAUUAUUGUAUAAUAGACAAUAUAUAUAUUCUGUGCAGUUUAAUUGGGUAUAUUCCUCCUAUUUCAAUUUCCUUCUCCAUUCAUCCAUCAGUGGCUGAAAGCUAAUCCAUGCAGCUGGAUAUGACCAGGCAAGCUCUUCAGAUUGUUCCUCACCUUCUAAAUAAUCACUCAGAGCCUCAAAGACUAGUUUUCUCUUCGAUUGGAUUGCACAACCUUUCCACUGGGGCCCUGGGCAUAGUGCCCAGCCUUACAAUACUUUCUAAGCUGUUGGUAUUCACGCAAUCAUGCAUUUCCACAUGGGAGAAUCAUCUGAUUGUUACCUGCCUCCAGGUAGUUUGUAUUUUCAUUGGUAAAAUACAUCUGCUGUGACAGAAGCUCCUACUAUGGUUAGCAACUUUCAUAUGAGCUAAUACAUUUAAAAUACUAAAUUAAAAACAUUAUAUGUUCUGUAGAAGUAGUGUCCAAACUGGUACCUGAUCAUGUCUCCUUCCAUUCCAUAAAACACAUUUAAGCUUUUCUUUCUGUUGUGUGGCUCUUCACCCAGUUCCUGCUAACACACAGCUCGUACAAAUUAUGUGCUGUGUGUUGGGACCAGUGCCGUGAGAUCCAAGUGGGAGCAGCACACAGGCAGCCCACAGGAAGGGCGCAGGUUAUUAUGAAGCCACUACUUGUCUGCUGCAGCCGUAGUCCUUCCUAUUGAUUGUCAGUUCCUUCAGAAUCCAUUAAUUUACGGAAAUCAUGUAGACCAAACUUUCAAGCUGGAAGGUGUAAAUAUGACAGCUUGCCCCAAACAUCUCUGAAGCAUAUCUAACAUCAGCCAGUCUGCUGAGGUUUUUGUGCUUCCUGGUGAGAUACAUGGGAGGCCUGUACUGUGACAGAGGAGAAAGGAUGAGCACUUUCAUCAGCAGCUCUGGGAGUAUUUUGCUUAUAACUUUUAAGUUAUGGCUUAGACAACUUGUGAGUUAAAAACCUCAUGAAUUAAGGAGUGAAUUAGUGAAUUCCCAUGUUAGUCUUAUUUGUAUGAAAGGGGUUGAGCCUUUGUUGGAUGUGCGUGUUUCCUUUCCUAAUGAGCUCAUAAAAUAAUUUACAGACUAUGUUGUCCUGUAAAUUAGAGAGAUCCAAUCGGACUACGACAAUCUUGGCUUCAGAGCACAGCAGCAUUUCACCUUUGAGAUUUUGAAGAUUCUUUCUGAUAACUGAGGCUCAGGCUGUUAUUUGCUGAUCACAUCAAGGGAGACAAAGUGUAAACAACAAAACCUUUUUAUAAGCUAUUGCAUCAUGUUGAUGAAGCUUGCAUUUUCCUUCAGUAGCACCAGAAAAACCUUUACUGCAGUUCCCUUUUCUAACUGUUGCAAUCAGUUUAUUUUACACGGAUACAAUGAUUUAUGUUAGUUAUUAAUUUAUCUGUUUAGUGCAACUGUGAAUUCCAUAUUCUAAUUGUAGCAUGCAGUUAGUAACAUGGUCUAGAGUAGGGGAUUCUGAAAGAGUAGGGUGUUAAAUUACCUUUUGUGACCUUUAGGUUUACUAUUUUUGUAUGUGUCAUAAUGAUGCAUGUUGUCCUUCAAAUGUCUUUUGGAGACAAAUCAUCCAAAGAACAGAAAUUCCAUCAGUUCUCAUUAAUUCAGAAUGUGUUUGUUUAGUUUAUUUGUGCAAUCAAGUGCAAAUGGAGAUAUUGACAGCCAUUCCCCAGUAUGUAAGGCAAGAAGAUCCAAGGAAUUUAUGUUACUCUCUUUUUUGGUAGUGCACGUUUAUUUAGUGCCCUGUGUACACAUACAGACGUGUAGGAUUAGAAGGCUAACUGUUCUUAGUCAGUAUCCCAUGUAACAUUGUAGUUUAGAGUAGGCAUUACAAGAUCGUGGUUGCCACAAUAACAAGGGACCGGACUUGGAGGUGGGGGAAAUUUCUGCCCUACAUUCCUGUGUGUCCUUCAGCUUUCAGCACUUAUAUUACAUGAGGAAAGAUGUUGCCUUACCCACAGAAGUGGAAACUUCUGUUAAUGAUAUUUUUAACUGGCUUUUUUAUGCUGAUACCUAGUUUAAUGGAAAAGAGAAAAACAUCACCUAAGUUGUAAAAGCUCAAGUGAUUAAUGACAUUGACUCCCAUCAGUGUCAGCUCCUUGGCUAAAGUUAGAAAAUAUUUUAAAAUGUGUAAUUUUAAUUUCAGAGGUAAGCAGGGCUUUUAUGUCUUCUCUUUUCUCUAUGUCCUGCAAGCUGCAUUUUAAUGUCUUGCUGAUAUUCUAAUUUAUGUAAUUCAUUUACUAGGAAGAGACUGUGACGUAUCAUUGUCUCACACGGGUGUUUAAUUCACCCUCUGUUACUUCUUGUUGUAUUUUAAAAUCCAAAGAUUCGUUAUUUUCUCAGCUACAUUAGACAAAAUAAUUUAUUUUAUUUUUUAUUUUCUAAUUAUUUUCCAUGGGUGGUCCUUCAUAAACCAUUUUAAUUGAACUGGGUUAGGGAAAAAAACAUCUGGCUGACACGUUUAGAUUGGCAUCUGCAAAGAGUUGUAAGCUGUUCAGUUGCUUCGAAUUGGGAAAUAGAGAAUUCUUUGUAUGUUUUGUGGUUACUUGAGUAACAUUCAAAAAUGCAAGUAUUUUGAACUCUAAAUAAGACUUCAUUUCAUCCCUUUCCAAUUUAAGAUUCAUUCUUAAUCUAGCAAACAUCUGAGCAUUAUGAAUCCAAAAGUCCUAAUCUUUAUGCAUUAGAAAUUAUUUAAGCUUCAGAAAAGUAACCAAGUUUAGGAGGAAUGCUGACACUGGCUACUCGUUUUGCAUUGCUUACUUGUAAAAAAGAUGUACACAGUCAAGGAAGGGAUGAUUUUAUAAGCAAAACAGAAGAUCUGAAUCUUUUCUUGAGUCAAAGGCCCUAUAUUCAGCCUGAAAAUAAUUUGUCCAAUUUUCCUAAGGUUGAUAAAUAGGUCAUGGAUAGACAUCUGAGUUUAAUCCUCUUUGGAAUAUCUGAACAGAAGAACCCAGAGUUUAAACACUUGUGGUCUGUGUGGAUUUGAAGCUCCACUACCAGUCCCUGUUGGCCUCUGUGAAUUUGCCUCUCAUCUUACUUUCUGACAAAGUGGUUUAAUGGUAGUAAGACUACUAGCAAUAUUCCCAAAGGUGUUGCAUGCUUUCUUUAACAAACAGUAAAUGAGCAUGAGGUUACAGGGAAUCCUGUUAAACCUAUGGCACCCUGUUGCAGACUUACCGAAGGGUCCUGAUGGAGGGAGAAAUGGUGACAGAGCCACUGAUAGGGCUCCUAUCCAUGUGUGAUGGAGUUUGGCACACUGGGACGUGCAGUCCAUAUGUGUAGCCAUGUUUGUCAUCCUAGGGCCAGAGACACCCAAAUGACAGAGGCAACUGAAUCACAAAACACAUAAGUCAAAGUCAAAAUGAAAGAUUACUUGACAAAUAAAAAAUACACAAUGUCAAGCAUUACCAGGGGAUCCAGAAUCUAGGCAUAGGCUAGGGCUGUCCUGAAUGUAGGAACAGCAAACCAUUUCCAAGAUGUAGCAGUUAUUAAGGGAGAAUUUGUUUUCCUAUCUACAUGCUCCUUUGGCAGCCCACCGCAGGCCCCACUCGAGCUGGACCCCGAGGCUGUGUGUCUCUCAUAACAUUGACCUUAGCUCUGGCAUGAUGGAGGGGUCAGAGGACCAUUUCUCCAGCUCAGCCCUGCCCUUGGCAGUCCCUUUGGAGCCCCACCCUAAGUAGACCCAUAGGUUUCAUGUCUGUCUAACUAUAAAUAAGCUGAGAUUCUGAGAUUUGUAAUGUGGAACUAGCGCUUUUGCUAAGAGAAGAGGGAAAAAACCUGCCAAUUUUAAGUUUGAGGAGGUUAAGUAAUUUUUUUGCCAGCAGGUUUCCAGCUGAAUGUUUUAACUCUUUCCGCUUACUGUCUUUAUCAGCUGCAGGCAGUGGAGUCAAUCUUGUUUCAAGCUGGUUUAUUAUGUGAGAGGAUCCUGGUUGAAUAUACAGUGUAAAGAAUUCCCUGGGGUCCCAAGCUGCUGCUUCUGAAUCCAGUGCUCUCCCAUCUUCUUCCAGUGCCUUACAAUUCAUGUAUGAGCUCAUCUACAUCGAGCAGAACUGCUGCAAGGAACAGUAAAAACUUACUUUGGCACAGAGCAGUCAGAAUGAGUCAGCCAUCCAACCAUGGACAGGAUCAGUGACAGCCCUUGUGAUAAUUGCAUACUGUGGUUAGCAGAGGUAGAGGAUGAUGCAGUACUUCUUGUUGUGUUAGUGUUCCCUCCUGAGAGUGUUGUUUUUGUGGGGUGGAGUGCAGAGAUACUGGAAAGUUUGGCGAUAUAUCUGCUGGCAAGUUUCAAAAAAGUGACUACUGGCUGCCAUCAUCAAAGCAGUUACCGGAUGUUGAUCCCCUAAUCCUGGCUAAACUCAAUAGCAAUAAAGGCAGUUAUAUUUUGUCUGCAGGACUAUAGUUAGGAAAAAAGUAUAGUCAGAAUAGCUAGAUUUGGAUCUAAAGAAUGCAGUGUUUAUUUGGACGAAUCUUCAAAAGCCACAACAAGGUACUGCACCAAAGCCACAGUUCUGGGCUGCCAGAUUUUGGCAUUCAGGACAGUGAUAAAAAUAAAAGAUCCCUGUCUUUCUUUUCUGUUAUGCAUUCUUGCUAUUUCUUCAAGCAAACAAGGAGUCAGAACACAGUGAAUACAUGUACAAACAAAGUAAGCUGUGUUUGGUAUUCAGCAAUGCUUAUUGAGUAAUUUUGGGCAUAGAGCCCGUGGUAAUGAAUGGAAAACUUUGAUCAGGACAUCUGUGGCCUGCCCAAAUCAUUUCAUGGGACCUGCAAAUCUGCCAGAAACAUCACUCCAUGGCCCUAUUAACCAGGGAUGUUGAAGUCUUUCUUGAUUGUGUACAUUCUCCAAGCACACUCAUGAAGUAGGAGUCAUUGAUUUUUAUUGGAUAGAAAACUCAGAAAUGGCUUAUUCAAGGACAUCUGAGCCCUUAAGUUUACCCUUCAACAUUUAUCCUGCUUCACUGGGAAAAAACUUUAAUGAGUCUGUCUGGAUGAUGAAAAGAUGAAUGUUGAGAGCAUUGAGUCAGAGGGUGGACUUAACUUCUAGCAAACAUACUCUCAGUUCCAGCUUAACUGUACUUAACUCCCAGUAACAAAUAGUUUGGGGUCUUUUUUAUCUAUAGAUUAUAGUCAGGGCAAUUCUGUGAUUCCAAACUGUUUUCUUGAUAUUGCUCAUCAGUGUGCAGUUUUCCAGGAGAACAGUCAAUUCCGGGAGAGGAUCAUAGUUUCUUCCCGUCUUCCCUUGUGUAUGUGGUAAGAGGAGCCUUUUUUAAAAGGCUGUGAACAUUGUAACUGCCAGCCCAAGAGCAAGCACUGCUGCCCUGUAGGUGGCCCCUAUAGAUGUACUGAAUUUUUACUUUAAUUUUUGUCCCUUUUGCUUUGUUUUGAAAUACUCUGUUUUACAAGUUGUACUUGAUGGAUAAAGCACUGUCUGAAAUAAUCCCAAAGUGGCUAUUAGUCUGGUCUAGUCAUACCCUGCAGCCCCAGCAGUGACAUGUUGUAGAAACAAAGUCAUUCUCCUGCCUUUUCAGUUCUGUUUUGACUUUACUCUAUAAUGAAGAGAGUAUGGUCAUGGUAUAUUAAACAACUGGAUAAGAGCAGCAUAUACAUUAACAUUAAUCUGCUUCUAACUAAAGCUCCAAAACUAAUAUAGUGGAGAAGCCUGGCUAGGAAUUUACUGACAGUUUUCUUUUGCCAUAAAUUCAGCAUUAGAAAAAAAAUCCUGAACAGCUGAAAUGGCGUAGCCUUUGGCUGAGUAAAAAAUAGACAUUUUUAUAAUAUCAAAGGAGACUUAGGAAAAUACCCCAUCUGGAUUUUGGAAAACAUAGGAGGGAACGGAGUAGAACAAUUGCAUUUCUGUUUAUAUUUGCCAUAGAAAGUAGCCCACUGUGAAGAAACAUUUAGGAAUGUGAAUGAUUGAGAGAUUGUCUCUUAGAGGCAGCAGGUAUAAGAUGUCUGAAAUUCCUUUGAGUUGUAAUUGCUUGUUAACAACAGGAUUUUUUGGUAAUUAUUUCUGCCCACAGUACACAAGAAUUUAAUGUACACUGCUUUAUGUGGAGAAGUUUUUAGAAUUCACCUUUUUCUGUAUUUACUUCGUGAUAAAGAAAAAGCCAUGGUAUAUGGAAAAGAAAUUUUAAAAGGAAUUUUUAAAAAUUAUUAUUCCAACACCAUAAAAUGGAGAGAAUUUUCUUACGAAAAUAGGAGUUUCUAUGCAAAUGUUUAUGCUGUUCAUAGCAUUAAAUGCAAUUGCAAGAAUCCAUCUUCCUGGCUAUAAAAAUUGAGUGUAGUGUUAAGAGGCAAGUUACUCACAAAUACCAUUAGGAUUUUUGUACUAUGCAGUGAAUGAUGCAGUUUAUAUUUAACUUGUGACUAAACAUGUAUUAUAUGUGUGGAACUAAUCCAAACCCCAAAUCUAAACAAAGCAAGCUCCUACAUUGUGUAGGUUUGUUGUACUUCUAAGUUUUGUAUUUUGGGUCUUUGAUUCUAAAUACCAAUAUUGAAGUACUUAGUAUCUAUUUUUUCAGAAGCAGUGAGGAUGCUGAGACCCUGCUAUCUCAAUACUGUUUAACAACAAUUCUUUUCAGAGGCUAUAGCAGUGUAAGCGUCAUAAGCUGCAAGCAAAAGCUGAAACAGUCAACUAUGCAUCAACUAUCUGACAAUGGUCACUAUCCAUCCUUUUACUUAAUGAUGUUUAAUGACAUUUGAUUGAUGACAUGUUCAAAUGAAGUAAUGGCCUCUUUUUGAAUGGAAAUGCUGGUUUUAUCUAUAGUUUAUUUCCAUUGUGCUUUUCAUAAAUGCACUGCUGAUGCAUGAGAAUACAAGAAAAGAUUUAGGAACACUUGGUUUAAUCCUAAAUUAUCCAGGUAAUAAAUGACUAUAAUGCACUGAUAAUCAUCAAAAUUCUAGAUGUAGCAGAGAUCUGCCACUGCUUGGGUCCGUAACUCUUAGCCCCAAAUGCACACACAACUGCAGUGCCCUUGGAGCAUUGUUUCCUUCCACUCCUGUCUUAGGAGCUGAUUACUGCGUAGAUCUCUCUGUAUUGUCAAAGUGAAAGCAGAAUAAUUCCACGCAAGGCCGUAGCUUCAAGUGAAUGCAGUGCUCAUGAAAGAUCUUUGCCCAUGAGCUGCAGUCAGAAGAUUCUGAAUUAAUUCAUGAUUAAUUAAUGUCCAUGUGUCUUAGUUGCCCAUAUGAAAAGAUGGAGAGGACAGGGUAUUGUGAGAAAUACAGAUAGGGCUGUGCUUGGAAAAGCUUUGUUUGAGGUGUUGUUCACUCAGCCCCCAAGUGCAGUCAUGGUUCCAGUUUGUUUUAUGAGCUGGCCCAGUCAAGCUGUAGAGCAGAAUUAAAUUUAUCAUAUUUAUCAUAGAAACCAAAAUCAUUGUUUUAGUUCAGGGAAAACUCAUUUAUUAUUUUUCACUGAUUAAGUUGUAUUUGUAGUGGAAUCAUCGCUUAUUUUGAACAGUAAUCUGAAAACAUGAUAAAAUGACAACUGUUACUCUAUAUCACUGCUGGAAGAGGAGAAAGUUACUCUCUCAGCUAAUAACUCUCAGUUUUUAAAUCUAUGCAUAUUGCAAACAUUCUAUUCUUAUUUAAUGUUGUUUUAGUUAAACAUUGUGUGUUUAUCUUUAAAAUAAAUGUUAUCUAGAUAUGACUCCAGAGAAAGUUACCAAACAUACAUUUAUGAAUCAAAUUUCAGUCUCUAAACAGACCUGCCAAACAGACCUUAGGAGCUAUCAUUAAUAAAAUUUACUGCAUUGAAGAUGUUAUGAUCUCCAUUUUCUCAUCCUUCUGCUUGAAGACCUAGAAAUGAAAGUAUUUUUAAGAAAGAAUAAAUUAUAGCUAUAAACCCUAGAAAGAAAUAUGCUUAAGAUAGAAUUUUCUUUUGGUAGACCCAUAAUAAAGCCCAUAGGGACAGAGAGUCCAGUAAAUCUGGUAGAUUUCUACAUUUUUUAAGUAGGUCCAUAUUUAACUUUACAUUACUGCUUAGAAAUAAAGUUCCAAAAAGCUGUACCAGUGGCUACUGUUCUUUCCCUUAGGGUCUGAACAAGGAAAUCCAAUGUUUUCUGGUCAGCAGUAGGAAUUCCACUUUGUAAUCUGACACUCUUCAUUCCUCUCCUCUCAAAGGCAGUAAACCAAAAAAUUAAAGGCAGAACAGAUUUUCAAAUCGUGUAGCAUUUGUAAAUCCUCACGCACGUUUAAUGAUUUGUUGGCAUGUACAAACGGAAAGCUUCAUGACCUGGCCUUUCUCUUGUCAGUUCAUGCUCUCAUCACAUUGUCUAGUUAUGCACGUUUCACUGAGAAUUCAUGUUUUUGCAUUUCUCUGAUUUCAGCCCUAUUGUUCCAAACUCAUGAAGAAUAAAAAGUCAUAGAAGAGCCAAGACCUUGUAUUAGGAGGCUGAUACAGCUCGACUGUAGCCAACAGAGCUAUGCUAAUUCAUGCCAAUAGGUAUGCAGUGAUUAGAAGGAUAUUAGUCCCUUUUUUUCUAUUUUUUAAUGUCUGGUCUCUAGCAAGCAUGUGGUGGUGGCCUGCUUCUGCAUAUGUAUGCAGUGGUAACAAUUGGAUCUUUUCAUGCUCUGAGUAACUCAACUCUAGUCAGUCUGUAAUUUCUUUCUGACAGACUCGUUAUUUCUCUGCCGAUGGUAUGGUUAUGGUUAAGGGCAGCUGUACAAUUGAAAAACACAAUUUUUCUGUAAGCACAGUAUAUCUGUUCAAGCACACUUCUGUCUUAACAGCGCAUGAGCCUGCUGAUCCAAUGACCAUGGCUGCACCAGUUGCAGAAUAUGGUUGUAAGACACUUGAUAGAACAAACAUUUUGACACACAGCUUUACUUGUUGCUAUCAUCUCUGUUUAUUUGUCUUUGUGUGAUGGAUAUGUAUUUUUUACAAUAGUAAUUGCUAAGUCUCUGGACUCUGGACUAGGAAAAUUAUCUAGUUGUUUUGGCUGCUUGUUCUCAUUAAGGAUUUGUUCAAGUUCAUGCUGGUGUCAGAGUGCCUCUGACUUCAUUGGAAGACCUCAGUGCUAUUUGAAAAAAAUCAGAUUAUUUGCAAGCAUGAUACGAACUGCAAACUCAGUUGGAACUGUGUAAACUUCUGUAAGAUUUGUUUGUAGUAGGAACAAGUGUAGUAAGGAGAGCAGUUAGGAAAUCUCUGGUUGCUCUUCUCUGUGCUUUCAAUAUAAGUGCUGUGCUUUGUCCGCAUGUAUUGAACUUCCUUAGUCACUUCUGUGACUAAUCUGUAAGAGAUGCUUUUGAAGAGAUACAUAUUUUUGGAACAUUUCUUAAAACUAUGAUAUUUGCUGGACUUUCAGAAGAAAUUUUGAGAAGUUCAUUCCUGCAGCUGGUGCAAAUUUCUGGGUAAAUAAUAGCAAGGUUUUGGUGAAUUCUACACUUUGAGUUUGAGUACAUCCCUAUAGCUGACACCUCUGGUAUAUGACUUUUAGCUUGGAUCCAAACCCAAACAGUAACAGAAAUUAUUAAUGUAAAUUAGAAAAAUAAAAACCUGUACAUUUC